CGUCAUCCUCCUGGGUGUGCUCGUCGCUGUCAUCCCCGACCUGCAGCUCGUGAAACACGGUCGAUCCGUCUCCAAGCCUCAUCGAGUCUCUUCCAAAACUGCUCGCCGCGAUCGACCUGCGCUCCGUGCCAGUGGACAGGCACCGACUCUCGAACCUCUCUUCUCAACUUUUCGAAGCUGAUGCCCGUAUUUUCAUCACUCUCCUUGUAAUAAUCUUCAGCACCAGGCCUUCCUCUCGUCUGCUGCUCCGACCACUGGACACUCGCCAUGCGUCGCCUCGCCGCCGUCCUCACAGGGAGGCGGUCAGACAAGUCCGACGCCGGCUCCAGCAUAUCUCACGCCGACCGCUCGGAACGCUCAGCCGUCGCCGACGCCUCCCAGGUAUCCGCUGCCACGACCACUAAGUCGGCCAAAAGUCGGUCGGGAUUCUUCAGGAGCUUGUCCAAGGGAUCCCUUUCCGCCCCCGACCUCAAGGGGCGCAAGCGUUCAAUGCCCUCGGUGUCUACCAUACCAGACCACGUCGCCUCCUCCGCGUCGUCCUCAAGCGGCGGCCCCCAUACUCCCAACGACGACUAUGAAAGUCUCAAUCCAGCCUCACCUGGCCAAGGGAGGAAAAGCUGGCUCUCGCAGGUGUCCGAGGCAGCACUGCCAUUGCCGUCGCCUACGCCAGCCAAGCCGACGACACCUGGAUAUCUUCCCCGACCAUUCAGGCGCGAAUCCGACCAAACAUCCGAGACGUCUUCUGAAUCGGAAUCCACGGACGAACAGGACGCAGAACGUUCUCUGUCUACUCCUUUGUCGGCCCCCUCUCUCCCCAUGGCUCCUAAGGAAUAUUUCCGCGUCGCGACCACUAACGCGCUCCGGCCGCCGUAUUCCCCUCCGCCGCUGGUUCAUGUUCCACGCGGGCCGCUGUUUCCCCGGUCUUGCAAUCCAUCCCGUCAGCUACCUGUCAACGACAUUCUUCAUGCACGUGUGUUGCGGAAGCGACUGCUUGCGCGUCUCGACCAUAUCCCGGAAGGCGCACUAGCCGGUUUUGUGGGACGUAAGCAUACCCCACAACGCCUGCCGUCGUUGGUUCUCGACGAUGUUGCUAUCCCGAAGAGCUACAAGAUACUUCCUGCCAGUCAGGGUCUGCGCCGUUGGACAGAGCGCCCAUGCUUUGAAGAUAGGAUGAUCGUCUACCUUCCUGCCGAACACAUGGGCGACGACUUCCGUUAUGAGAGAGUUUACGCGUCUGCUGCGGUCGAGGCCUUGGGUUAUUCAGAGCACGUUGAGGCUUUGGCUGGGCUUUUGGGUGACGCCGGGUCACCACCGGAGGUCGCUCUGGAUUCUCCCAGCAUUACCUCGACGCCGACCUUCUCUGUGACUUCUACCACCAGCUUAGCCAGUGCACCACCAUCACCCGCACCGACGGCGUCGAACCCUUCGCUGCCUACGUCCGGCUCCAAGUUGACCCCGAACGCCGCGUACAAGCAAGCACCCUCCCCGCUCCGCAUCGGGAGCACAGAUGCUGUCCCAAAUUUCUUCACGACUGCGUCAUCAAGAUCUGCCAGUGCGCCAUCAAUAGUCCAACCAAUGCCUACUCCCGCAUUCAGCUCCUCGCCGUCGUCCCCGCCUCCGGCGGUGACUCCCAGACCAGUCGUGCGAUUCGCUCAGGACGACAAAGAUGAGUCGAUACCAUUAGAUUAUGUUAUGCGCAUCAAGCAGGCGCGGGACAAGAAGGCGAGGUUCCUCGCAGCUGAGAGAGCUCGACGACUCAGCAUGCAAGAGAGGACGCCUGCCCCUCGGUACGCACCGUCUGACGCUAUGCGUGACGAUGUCCGGCGGCUAGCACAAGAGCGCACCAAGAUAGAGGAAGAACGGAAGCGCUUAGAAGAGGAGCGACGGAAAUGGGAACGAGAACGUACUGCACGACAUGCUGCUGAAGAGCAGAGGAAGAAGGCGGCUAUCGCUGAAGAGCUGUCUGAGGCCCGCCGCCGACAAGAAAUGACGCGCUUUGGUGUAGUGCCGAAGCUCAGUGAAGGCAUGUCUUGGGAAGGCGACCGGCAGAGAGAUCGGGAGAGGAGAGGUAGCGAGACCAGAUCGCCUUACGCACGACCAAAAUACGACGGCAGUCACGGCUCCUCAUCGCCCAGGCAGUCUUCCGAGCCGAACAUUGUUUCUGCUGGGUCACCGAACAGUCCUCGCCAUCAUACCCCUUACGCUGACUCAUCCCCGGGAAGCUCACGCCCCCCGAGCAUCUCCUCGCGUCCGCCAUCUAUGUACUCGACACCUCCGUCGUCUGCCUCUGCUACUGAUAUACGCACACGGCGUGAAAGCAAGACUAGUCGGCGCUCGUUCGUCUCGGACGGAUCGUACUCUCCCUCCUCGAUCUUCCUUCCGCCUGGCUCACCCGCUGGUUACCCAUGGGGAUAUGUCCCUCCUGUGCCUACGAUACCGGUCAACGUUCCCAUCAUACCCGCGGGCAUGCCGAUGAUGCAAGUACCGGCUAUGCCCUACAUAGACAUGCCCUUGUUGCCACCAACGCCGCCAUUCGUGCUGCAACAGUAUGGUCCCCGCAAACCAGGAUCAAGCCAACGUUCACACAGCUCGUCGCCGACGAGAGGCAGCUCUUCGGACACCAACAAACGUCGCUCUGAUGGCACUGGCCGGACCUCAUCACCAAUCAUGCACAGGCGGGUGCCGAGCGACGACCCGUCGACGCGCGGGCGGAACCCGCCCUCUUCAUCAUAUACCCCUACGCAGCCUUCCUCUUCGUCUCGUUCUCCUCGACCUGUACCGCUCCCACAUUCGCAUUCGCACAAUGCCAACGCUCCGACACCAAUGGUUUCAUCAUGGCCUAAGCAGCCCGCCUUCCAGAACCUGAGUCGCCCGUCGGCGAACCGACGACAGACGAUGAUCACAUAGGACCUUUUCCCUCGCACAUGUUGUUACAUCGCAUACGUUGUGAACUUUUUCCUUUCCAUCUCGCGUUUUGCUGUGCUUGUCGCAUUCAAUGGACCUCUCGUAUUAUUCCCGAUCUACCUCUAUAGCUUUCUAUCCUUCAUGCUAAUGUUUUGAUUACAUAUUUGCUUCUGUAUCCUCCACCUCAUACCCUCCCACCAUCGGAAGCACUCUUUUGAAUUCAUGUAUGUAUGGAGAGUUCCUUGCUCAACCUGCCCGUUUGUGCAGUUGCUCCCUCUCCCCUUACGCAUGCCCAAGCUCAAGCCCUCUCCCCACCGCCGUCUAUCUCAUUCGACGAACCUGCCUACUCUUCCUAUCCUUCUCACACUCUGUCCCUACUAAUUCUUUGUGCACAUUCCCUUGGGACAGUAUCCGGCCUUCCGCCGUCCACAUUCACUCCCAGUGUAUUUUACAACAAAUCUCAUACAUUCUG